CUUCGCGUGACGACGAAAUAGUUUCGUUCUCACGAGUCCGCUCUGCAAAUAAUUUAUACUCGAUGGGGGAGAAGACAUCCCUCCAUCAUCUUUGUGGAGCGGCCAUAAGAGCUGCUAUUUGAAGGGAAGAAAUGGCAAUGGCGUGCCUCUUCAGCUCGGCGAAGAUGGCAGCUGUUUGGUGCAUGGUCAUUCUGGGCUUCGCCAUGGCCGCCGUCCGAGUUCAUUGCCAGUCGACGGACACACUUGGUUUUAUAAGCAUCGACUGUGGAAUUGCUGCCGGUUCUACCUACGUCGAUCCAACCACCAAUAUACCGUACGUCUCUGAUACCCCAUACAUAGACGCUGGCGUAAACCAAAAUAUCUCAGCAGCAUAUGUUACAAACUUGAUGGGGAGGAGAUACCUCAACGUCAGAAGCUUUCCUAACGGGACUCGCAAUUGCUACACCAUCAACUCCAUCACUCCCAGCUCGAAGUAUCUGAUAAGGGCAUCGUUCUUUUAUGGAAAUUACGACGGUUUGGGCAGCCAAUCCCGUCUCUUCGACCUCUACCUUGGAGUCAAUCUUUGGAAGACGAUCAACAUCACAGAUCCGGGCAGUGGAUACCGAACCGACGUGAUCACCGUAGCCGCAUCCGGUUCCUUCUCGGUAUGCCUGGUGAACACGGGCCAUGGAACUCCAUUCAUUUCGGGGCUGGACGUGAGGCCACUGAAGGAGAUCCUUUACCCCGCCGUCAACGCCUCUCGCUCUCUGGUUCUCACCCGGCGGCUCAACAUGGGACCGACUGAUACGUUCAUCAGGUAUCCUGACGACUCUCACGAUCGCAUCUGGGAUCCCUUCAACAACAGCCCCUUCUGGGCGGAGACAUCCACCAACUCCACCGUGGAGAACUUCGUCGACGACAAAUUCGAAGCCCCUUCCGCCGUCAUGCAGACGGCGGUGUUCCCCGUGAACUCCACCAAGCUGAUGAUUUCAUGGGAACCGGAGCCCGGGGACGUCAACGAGUACUACGCGGUCAUGUACUUCUCCGAGUUCCUGACCCUCACCGGCAACAUGUCCCGCCAAUUCUACGUCUACCUCAACGGGCAGCUCUGGUACGCCAAGCCUUUCACCCCGGACUACCUCUUCUCCGACGCCAUCUUCGGCACCAAUCCCGCAGAGGGGUAUCAGCAGUACAACGUCACCAUUCAGGGUCUGGACAACUCCACCCUCCCGCCUAUCCUCAACGCCAUGGAGGUUUACUCCAGGAUGAGCGAUGUGAACGUGCCAUCGGACGCCGGAGACGUUGAUGCCAUGAUAGCAGUAAAGGCAUGGUAUAAGAUCAACAGAAACUGGAUGGGCGAUCCUUGUUCCCCGAAGGCUCUUGCUUGGGAUGGGCUAAACUGUAGCUCCAGCCUCUCCAAUCCACCAAGAAUCACUGCAUUGAAUCUAUCAUCCAGUGGGUUGACCGGGGAAAUAGCCACCUUCUUUGCCAGCCUCACGGCGAUCCAGAUCCUGGACUUGUCUCACAACAACCUAACAGGAACAAUACCUGCUAUUCUAGCACAAUUGCCUUCCCUCAAGAUCCUAGACUUGACGAACAACAACUUGAAUGGAUCCGUUCCUUCUCCUCUUCUUACAAAAGCACAGAAUGGAGAACUUACAUUAAGAAUCGAAAGCAAUCCGUCUCUUUGCGGCAAUGGAACUACAUGUGAAAUAACACCAACAACAAAGAAGAAGAAGUUGUCGGCGCCAAUCAUUGUGAUAAUUUGUCUUGCUCCUCUGCUGCUACUGCUGGUGGUGGUAUCCAUAAUCUGGAAGCUGAGAAAGCCACCAAGCUCAGGUAAAGGGAACUCUGUGGAGCCGCAGAAUGAAGAGACUCUCAAACGAGUGAAGGAGCAUCAAGAUGGUCUAUUGCAGCUAGAGAAUCGCCAAUUCACGUACAUGGAAUUGAAGAGUAUAACCAAUAACUUUGAGAGAGUCAUAGGCAAAGGAGGAUUUGGGACGGUCUACCAUGGGUGUUUGGAAGAUGGCACUCAAGUUGCCGUCAAGAUUCGAUCGCAGUCAUCGUCCCAAGGGACUAAAGAGUUUCUUGCUGAGGCUCAGCACUUGACAAGGGUUCAUCAUCGGAAUUUAGUUUCCAUGGUUGGCUACUGCAAGGAUGAACCCUAUCUGGCACUCGUCUACGAGUUCAUGGCUCAAGGAACUCUACAAGACCACUUGCGAGGCAGAGCAGGCGGUGGCAGAGCUUUAAGCUGGCGACAACGUCUCCAGAUUGCAGUGCAAGCCGCACAAGGACUGGAGUAUUUGCACAAGGGAUGCAAGCCACCGCUGGUUCACAGAGACGUGAAGACGGGGAACAUCCUUCUGAGCGAAAGCCUGGAGGCCAAGAUUGCGGACUUCGGGCUGUCGAAGGCUUUCCAGAGUGAGAUCAACAACACCCACGUAUCCACUGUGGUGAUGGGAACCCCAGGCUACCUUGAUCCAGAGUACUACGCCACCAACCAGCUCAGCGAGAAGAGCGACGUGUAUAGCUUCGGGGUGGUGCUUCUGGAGCUGCUCACGGGACAGGCUCCGGUGAUAACAGCUGCGGGGAAUGCACACAUAGCUCACUGGGUGCGCCAAAGGCUGGCCAGAGGAAACAUCGAGGACGUGGUGGACGGCAGGCUGAAAGGGGAGUCGGACGUGAACUCGAUGUGGAAGUGUGCCGAUAUGGCACUGAGGUGCGCAUCGCCGGUUGCCCACCAGCGGCCGGACAUGGCGGAGGUGGUGACGCAGCUGAAGGAGAGCUUGCAGCUGGAGAACCCUUACGUUGAUAGCAGGACCGAGAGCCUAUACGCAGAAGCGAGUGACGUGAGCCAGAACAGUGCACUGGAAAUAGAACGUGUUGCAGCCAUGUCCGUGGCCGUCAGACCGUCUGCAAGAUAAUUGACAUCAAAUGCAUUCAUCUGCAAGACAAUUGAUGUUGGUUUGUACUUUUCCUGGUUGAAUUAUAGACUCACUUGGAUUUGUAUGUGCUUAAAUAUAAACAUCCCACUAUUUGUAUC